AUGGAAGCAAGUUUGGACCGACCAAUUGCUGGGAACAUCAACUUCUGUCCUCUGGGGGUUACCGGCAAUGCUGCAGACUUUAUUCUGGAGUUAGCAAAACACGAGACUGCACAUGCCCUAGCCUUUGCUUCCAGUCUGUUUGCCUUCUGGAGAGAUGAUAAUGGCAAUCCUAGGACACCAAGAAACAGUAAUGGGCUGCCAAUGAAUUUCAACGUUGCUGAAAGGUACUACAUGCCUUCACCUAGUACUAUCCAGUUCGAUGUUACAUACCCUGACUGGGAUACCAUUAAUGGAGUUAUUAAUCAUAGUGUGAUUCACAUGGUUACUCCAGCUGUUCUACGUGAAGCUCGUGCCCACUUUAAUUGUUCUUCACUUGCGGGAAUGGAGCUAGAAAACCAAGGGGCGGCUGGCACAAUCGUCAGUCACUGGGAGAAGAGAAUAAUGGGGAAUGAGGCCAUGACUGGAGAGUUAACCUUCAAUCCUGUUUUCUCCAGGAUCUCACUGGCAGCAUUCGAGGACAGUGGAUGGUAUGACGUAAACUAUACCAUGGCACAGGACUUACUUUGGGGUAAGGGGAGUGGGUGUGACUUUCCCACAAGGUCUUGCUUGAGUUGGAUCAACUCUCAAACGGAUCAGGGGCUUCCAGUGACACCCUAUUGUACUGACAUGCAACGGGGCUGUACAAUCGAUUAUGAAGCUGUGGGUAAAUGCAACCUAAUCAGGAACAACCCAUCCCUCGAUUAUCAAUACUUCACUGUACGCACUGAUGGCGGAAAUGUUGUUAUUGCAGACUAUUGCCCAUUCCAAAACGUGCUUACCAUUCAAGAGUCAGGCAGAGACAGAGGGACACAAUGCAAUGUGGCCACUAAUCAGCCUACCGUGAAUGUCCUUGCAGAAGUUUACGAGCAGGGGUCAAGGUGCAUUGAGCAUGGCACUCGAGAGUGGACCAACAACCGUUACACUGGCUUCUCCACUGGAUCUGGAUGCUAUCAGUAUUCCUGCUCAGCAACAACUGGUGUGACAAUUAAGGUAUCUGGACUUGCAUACCAAUGCUCUUGUGAAGGAGAACAGAUUCAAUUCUCUUUCACUGACAGUACUGGAGCCUCAAUCACUGCAUCUCUACGCUGCCCUGCAUGCUCACAACUUUGCCAUGAUAAUUUAGCCAACUGUCCUACCACAGAGCCAGCGUCCUGCUAUGACAGGAUUAGGAAUGUGGAGGGCAGUACUGAUCUCCCAGUCACUCCGUCAAUACCUGAUAACAGAGCAGAAGUCACCGGUGCAGUUGCUGUGACAAUAUUUUCCCUUGCAGCUCUAGUGGUAGCCACCGUGUUUUAAAACAUAAAUACCUAUAGCGUUUUAUGCCAUCUUUUUAUAUUCUGAAGUUUUCCUUUUCAAACUAGUUAAUGUGCAUGAGAAUCUGUACACUUCACAUAUUUAAAAUAUUUAUCUUCUUUAUAAUUAUAUAGUGAGUGAAAAUACUGAGAAUAAUUAUGUGACACAUCUGAAGCUGACAGCUUA